AAGAAAAAUAUUAGAAAAAAAGUAGGCGAAAAAGCAAGAAGCUCAACUGUUAUGAUGGCUCGUGUCCUCGAUAAAAAAUAAAAUAAAAAAGCUUGGAUAAAAUGAGAAUAUAAAAAAAAAAAAAAAAAGAAGAAAAAAACAAGAGUCGAUUGUUACUGUCGCUCGGUAAAGAGCGGAAAAGUGUGUCUUCGUCUUGGACAGGUAACGGCAGGUUGAGUGGCCCGUCAUUGAUGUUCCAUCCUUACUUAUUUUUCCCGAUUCACACUCAUACGCCCACGCUGGCUAUUGAUUUUCCACGCUUCUCUUUCCGCUGAUGGUCCGACGGUCCUAUUGCGCACGUAGAGUUGCACACACAGUUCUGGGGAGAGAGUGAGAGAGGAAAAUUGCUCGAGGGAGAGUGUGCGAGCGCCGCCGAGUGAGCAGGGAGAGGGUGUUCCCCGCGCAUCUUCUCGUCGCAACUCGAGAAAUAAUCAAACUCUCCCCAAUAAGAAACCUAACGCCCCGAGGCCUCGAGCAAACGGUUUGCGUGUGUGAGUCUCUCUACGAACGUGAUAAUCUUUGGAUCAACGAAAACUCCUGGUUUUAUAAAAGCUGACGAGAAGCAGCAGCACCAGCUACAAACAUUCGGGGCAUGAAUUAAGACACUGCUGGAACGAGGAGUCCUGCAAGAAGCCAAAUAUUCACUGUGAAAGGAGGAAAGAAAUAGAAGCGAAGUGAAGUCCUCGCGGCAAGUACGAAAGCACGGACAGAAUCGUACUCCUUCUGCAGAUAUUUUGUUACGGAUCUCCUGGCGCAAGGGACGAGUUAUCUCGUCGAAAACAAGGACGAAUUUUGCCGAGGGGAAAGAGAAAGCGGAUCGGAGUCGAAGGAUGAACGUUGAAGUGGAACAAGUCGUCGGCAGGACUCGCUAACUCGGUGAAGUGAGGAAAAUUGAGUGAAGUUCGUUGGCAGAGUUGGAAAAGUGCGUUUCCACCAACGCGUGUGCUCCUCGAAGGCUCGUUUCUUACCGGUGACAGCAGGUGGAGGGGUUCUCAGGCUGAUAUAUAGUCGUCGGUUUUGAGAGGGUGAGCAGCAGCAGCAGCAGCAGCAGCGGUUCGUCGAUAAAGUGCAAACCUUCCGCCUCGUCGUGGCUGCUCCGACGAGAAUGACGUCCGGAUAAAAGGGAGCAGAGCGAUCAUUGGAGCUCGACAGGACUGGAGCACCUCGCGGUGAAUUUACGUAGCAACGCAUUAUGCUGGCCUUCCGUCAGUUCACGAAGAAUCGUUCGUCAGGAACGAGCACUCGGAUCCUUCACCUCGCCAGAUAGACCGACAGCGGAGCGUUCCUUCAACCGGAUCAUCGAGCCAACGACUCGCUCCCUCGUUUCGCCGUGCCCGCUCGCUUCCUGGGGAAGUGCAUCGCUCGCGAAUCCGACCGGAAGUUCGCGGAUAAACGCUCGCAACGAAUCCUCGCUCCCGCGAGCCGCUCAUCCGCGGACGAAUCGUCCCCCGAGCUUCAAAUCUCUUCCCCGAGCGCAAAACUCCGACGGAAAAAGCCUCGGCUCAUCCUCGAGCCCCGAACGGAGCGGCGAGACUCCUCACGAACCGCGGACGCAUCCUCAGUGCAACCGGAGACCCCGUUCAACGGGGCUUUGAAAAGCAAUCACGGCAGAUGUCAGGAUGCCGGAACAGAGCAACGACUAUCGCGUCGUCGUUUUUGGCGCCGGUGGUGUUGGCAAAAGUUCGCUCGUACUCCGAUUCGUCAAAGGAACUUUUCGCGAAUCUUACAUUCCGACUAUCGAGGACACUUAUAGACAGGUAAUAAGCUGCAACAAAAAUAUUUGCACUCUUCAAAUUACGGACACAACGGGGUCCCAUCAGUUUCCCGCAAUGCAGCGACUCUCUAUAAGCAAAGGUCACGCUUUCAUCCUGGUUUACUCGGUCUGCUCGCGGCAGAGCCUCGAAGAGCUUCGACCAAUAUGGGCUGUCAUACGAGAGUUGAAGGGACAGGACAUUUCGCAAAUUCCUAUUAUGCUGGUUGGCAACAAGUGCGACGAGAGUCCCUCGGUGCGCGAGGUCCCGAUGACCGAGGGAGCCGCGGAGGCGGCUAAUUGGGGCUGCGGUUUUCUCGAGACAUCGGCCAAGACGAAUCACAACGUAAAUGCGCUUUUCCGCGACCUACUGACGCUCGAGAAAAAUCGUUCGGUGUCGUUGCAACCGGUGCAGAGCAACAACGCGAUAAGCCUUAAGGAAAAAUGUGCCGUUAUGUAAAGAUAAAAGGAGAGGACGGAGCAGAGGCGAGGGACGAAGAAAAGGGAGGCGAGAAGGAGGAGAAGAAAAGACGUGUACUUAUCGAUUGUCAUUACGAUUAUUAUUCCGAUUGAUAUAUUAUCAUUAUUAUUGUUAUGAAACGCAUACGUUUAUAUGAGCGUACGCGCGUGCAUGUACAUAAAAUUUAAUAGAAAUUAAGGGGCGACACGAUCGCUCGGUUUCGUAUCGUUUCAA